GUCAGACGUCACGUUCACGCAAGUCUGUGGCGACGUGGAAAUAUGAUGGAAUAGGACUAGUCAAAUCAUCGUUUUCUCAAAUUAGCAAACUGUUGUUUAUCAUUGACAUCUACAUCAUUAGCUACUGUUCAGUAAGCAGAAGACUUCAGAAGAACCUGGGAGAAGUAAGCUAGCUAGGUGCCACGAGAGCAGUGAAUUUGACAGUACAGUACCUGAUGUGGUAGUGGGAGAUGAGACAGUGAGCGAGAGCCUCUCCCUAGAUCCACAUCCCAUGACAUGGGAGCCAACACCAGCCAGGUCAGUGACCUGUCAGAGAACAAGAGCCUCCGGACCCUGAUCGGCACAGAGUCCAUCUCAGAUAAUGACCCCUUCUGGAACCAGCUAAUCUCCUUCACAUUCAUCAGCCCCACUAGCAGUGGUAACUCCAAGCUGUUGGAAGAGGCAGUUAUUCCCCUGGCCAAGAUCCUGAUUGAGAACAAUCCCAGAACAGGGAAUUUUGGAGCCCUCGUGAGAAUAUUCCUGGGAAGAACCAAAGAGUUGAAAAUAUCCACAGAAUGCCAAGAUCAGCUGUUCAUCUGGCAGGCCCACAAUACUUUGUUCAUGAUUCGCUGCCUUCUCAAAGUCUUCAUCAGGGAGAUGACGGAGGAGGAGCUGCACUUACAGCUCUCCUACCAGGAGAGGGUGCCAGGCUCCUGUGACACAGGGAGCGAGGUACUGCUGGAAGAGCUGAUGUAUAACCUCGUACACCUGGUGGUGGAGGUUCCCCUGCUGGACAUCACGUACAGUAUCCUGUUUGAGGCUGUGACCACCUUGCUGGUGCUGCUGUCCUACCAACUCUUUCACAAGGAGAUCCUGAGAGACGGACUCAUCUACCAGUACCUGAUGAAGGGGCGAUGUUUGUCCCUGACCAGUCAGUUGGUGAAGACUCUGCUGUAUAACUUCAUCAGACAGGAGAAGUGUCCGCCUCCUGCCACACACAUCUUUGAACAGCAGUCUGACAGAGGAGGCCUGCUCUACGGACUUGCCUCGGGAGUAGCAAGUGGGUUGUGGAGUGUGUUCGCGCUGGUUGGAGCCGGCAGUAAGCCAGGAUUGGACCAGGAACAGAACCCUCUGCCUCUGUCCAAUCAGAGCCUGUUAUUGCUUCUGGUGCUAGCCAAUCUGACAGAUGGACCCAACAACUGUCCCAACCCCUACAGACAGGCUGUCACGUGCUUCAAAAACGCACAAGACACGUCAUCCAUCCCUACAGAGCAGCACCAUAUGUUCCAGAUCAACUUCAACAGCCUAUACACAGCUCUGUGUGAGCAGCAGAGAUCCGACCAGGCUACACUGAUACUCUACACACUGCUACACCAGAACACCAACAUGAGGACAUACAUGCUGUCACGCACAGACAUGGAGAACCUGAAACACCACGCAGACACGUACCCUGGAGAAACACCACGCAGACACGUACCCUGGAGAAACACCACGCAGACACGUACCCCGGAGAAACACCACGCAGACACGUACCCCGGAGAAACACCACGCAGACACGUACCCCGGAGAAACACCACGCAGACACGUACCCCGGAGAAACACCACGCAGACACGUACCCCGGAGAAACACCACGCAGACACGUACCCCGGAGAAACACCACGCAGACACGUACCCCGGAGAAACACCACGCAGACACGUACCCCGGAGAAACACCACGCAGACACGUACCCCGGAGAACCACCACGCAGACACGUACCCCGGAGAACCACCACGCGGACACGUACCCCGGAGAACCGCCACGCGGACACGUACCCCGGAGAACCGCCACGCGGACACGUACCCCGGAGAACCGCCACGCGGACACGUACCCCGGAGAACCGCCACGCGGACACGUACCCCGGAGAAACGCCACGCGGACACGUACCCCGGAGAACCGCCACGCGGACACGUACCCUGGAGAACCGCCACGCGGACACGUACCCUGGAGAACCGCCACGCGGACACGUACCCUGGAGAACCGCCACGCGGACACGUACCCUGGAGAACCGCCACGCGGACACGUACCCUGGAGAACCGCCACGCGGACACGUACCCUGGAGAACCGCCACGCGGACACGUACCCUGGAGAACCGCCACGCGGACACGUACCCUGGAGAACCGCCACGCGGACACGUACCCUGGAGAACCGCCACGCGGACACGUACCCUGGAGAACCGCCACGCGGACACGUACCCUGGAGAACCGCCACGCGGACACGUACCCUGGAGAACCGCCACGCGGACACGUACCCUGGAGAACCGCCACGCGGACACGUACCCUGGAGAACCGCCACGCGGACACGUACCCUGGAGAACCGCCACGCGGACACGUACCCUGGAGAAACGCCACGCGGACACGUACCCUGGAGAACCGCCACGCGGACACGUACCCUGGAGAACCGCCACGCGGACACGUACCCUGGGGAACCGCCACGCGGACACGUACCCUGGGGAACCGCCACGCGGACACGUACCCUGGGGAACCGCCACGCGGACACGUACCCUGGGGAACCGCCACGCGGACACGUACCCUGGGGAACCGCCACGCGGACACGUACCCUGGGGAACCGCCACGCGGACACGUACCCUGGGGAACCGCCACGCGGACACGUACCCUGGGGAACCGCCACGCGGACACGUACCCUGGGGAACCGCCACGCGGACACGUACCCUGGGGAACCGCCACGCGGACACGUACCCUGGGGAACCGCCACGCGGACACGUACCCUGGGGAACCGCCACGCGGACACGUACCCUGGGGAACCGCCACGCGGACACGUACCCUGGGGAACCGCCACGCGGACACGUACCCUGGGGAACCGCCACGCGGACACGUACCCUGGGGAACCGCCACGCGGACACGUACCCUGGGGAACCGCCACGCGGACACGUACCCUGGGGAACCGCCACGCGGACACGUACCCUGGGGAACCGCCACGCAGACACGUACCCUGGGGAACCGCCACGCAGACACGUACCCUGGGGAACCGCCACGCAGACACGUACCCUGGAGAAACGCCACGCAGACACGUACCCUGGAGAAACACCACGCAGACACGUACCCUGGAGAAACACCACGCAGACACGCACAUUAAGCUCCCUCUUUCCCUCCCUCUUUCUCUUUCUCCCUCUCUCUCGCUCAAACUCCCCUUCUCCCAGGUAUUAAAAAACAUAACUUGGUAUUCAGAGCGUUCAUUAACAGAAAUCUCCCUGGGUAGUCUACUCAUCCUGGUGGUUAUACGCACCAUCCAGUUCAACAUGACACGCACCCGGGAUAAGUACCUGCACACCAACUGCCUGGCUGCCCUGGCCAAUAUGUCUGCCCAGUUCCGCUGCCUACACCAGUAUGCAGCCCAGCGCAUCAUCAGCCUGUUUGCACUGCUGUCCAAGAAGCACAACAAGAUUUUGGAGCAGGCUACCCAGUCUGUACGGGGCCUGCGGCGGGCAGACUACGCCCAGGACCUGAUUGUGAUCGAGGAGGUGAUCAGGAUGAUGCUGGAGAUCAUCAACUCGUGUCUGUCGAACUCUCUACACCACAACCCCAACCUGGUCUACGCCCUGCUCUACAAGAGAGAGCUCUUCGAACAGUUCAGAACACACCCCUCCUUCCGGGACAUCGUGCAGAACCUCGACACGGUGAUAGGUUUCUUCAGCCAGCGUCUUGAGGCAGCAGGGACAGACUUGUCAGUAGAGAGGGUUCAGGAGGUCAUCAUGAAGGGAGCACAGGCCCUGCCCAAAGACCGCCUCCAGACGUUCCCGGAGCUGAAGUUUCGGUACGUGGAGGAGGACCAGCCUGAAGACUUCUUCAUCCCAUACGUGUGGUCCCUGGUUUUCAACUCUGGAGUAGGCCUUAACUGGAGCCCUACGGGCAUAGAACUCUUCGGCAUGGACUCUGGCUGAUUGUGGGAGUUCACGUCUGUCUAGCUAUGGGCCAAUCCAAACUUCCACUUUAGUCAAAUGUUCACUUAGUCAUGCAUUGAUGUAAAUGGGAGAUGUUACCUUAGUGGAAGUUAGGAUUUGUGUGUGUGUGUGUGUGUGUGUGUGUGUGUGUGUGUGUGUGUGUGUGUGUGUGUGUGUGUGUGUGUGUGUGUGUGUGUGUGUGUGUGUGUGUGUGUGUGUGUGUGUGUGUGUGUGUGUGUGUGUGUGUGUGUGUGUGUGUGUGUGUGUGUGUGUGUGUGUUUAUUUGUAUAUGUGUGUGCGCACUGCUUUGGAAGUGCCUCUACCCUCACAGACAGAUCCCUGGGUUACUAUGGGAUGUUAGACGGGAGGACAUUGAACAUACCGGUCUUCCUUCCUGCUCUUAUUCGUUCAUAUCAGACAGACUUUUCCUCUGUGCUUCCACGUAGCCUGGUGUUAGUCCAGACUGAACACUGAGCUCACCAUCGUGAGUCAUAAUUCAGUCUGGUACAACCGGGCUAGCUUCCACAUGGUUCAGCUCCACAACCAGACCUCAACAGCAGCACUGAAUACUAAGGAUGGUACUCUUUACAGAGACACUUUGUUUUCUCCAUUAUUGGGAGUUUGGUGCAUUUUUUUGUCCUCAGUCUUUCUCAGGUUUUCUCUGGUUUUGCCUCACUUCAAAUUCACCCUUGGUUCUUUCGGGUUUGCUUAAAUCUUUCUCUUUUUUAUGAAGUGAAGUAGUUAUGGUUCAAAGUAAGUUAAAAAAUCGGAGUAUUCAGAGUAUUCAACUGUCAGAGUAUUCAGAGUAUUCAACUGUCGGAGUAUUCAGAGUAUUCAACUCUCAGAGUAUUCAACUGUCAGAGUAUUCAGAGUAUUCAACUGUCAGAGUAUUCAACUGUCAGAGUAUUCAGAGUAUUCAACUGUCAGAUUAUUCAGAGUAUUCAACUGUCAGAGUAUUCAACUGUCAGAGUAUUCAGAGUAUUCAACUGUCAGAGUAUUCAGAGUAUUCAACUGUCAGAGUAUUCAACUGUCAGAGUAUUCAGAGUAUUCAACUGUCAGAGUAUUCAGAGUAUUCAACUGUCAGAGUAUUCAGAGUAUUCAACUGUCAGAGUAUUCAGAGUAUUCAACUGUCAGAGUAUUCAGAGCAGGUCACCUGAGAUCCUGGGUUGAGGACUGGACAGUUGAUGACAGUUAACGAUUGGUGAUGGCCUAGAGGUGUCAAUACGAUACUUGUCGCUGUAGCCUAGUCCCAGAACUUGUCACAAACAGAAUCUGGAACCAGGCUUUUGUGACCGUCUUAAGUCACGUCUUUACCACAGCAAAACAGGGGUCCUCGUUUUUCAUCAGUUUGAUUCAACUCUCCUUAUUUUCAGUCAGUUGUCCCAAUGUUAUUUUGUGCACAAUCAUGUUUGUUUGUUUAUUUGCUUGUUUUAUAGGAUUCGUUUUUUUAUUAUUGUAUUUAUGUAUGGAUUUUGAUAUUUGCCCCCACCAAAACAUAAACGACAAUCAACAGCAACAACAGUAGCAAAAUGAGAUCCUUAAUCUCCUUGUAAAGGAACAUCAACAAAUCAUUUUUUUUUUUACGCCAUCUUAUUUCCUGGUAGUUACGCAUUUGUCUUAAUGUCAAUAUAGAACAAUAACAACUGACAGUUUUGCAAAUUCUAAGUUGAAUUUAGCAAGCAUAAUUACAAAAAAUAUAAAAAAUAACUAUAUACUGUAUAGGCUAUCACAUCUUUAUGUAGCAGUGUAAAUGUUCAAGGAUGCGUCGAAAUUGGUACCCUAUUCCCUAUAUAGUGCACUACUUUAGUAGAUAGUAAAAAAAAAAAAAAUUGUUUACUGUAGGGAUUAGGGUGCCAUUUGAGAUGCGACCCCAAUGUUGUACAGACCAGGGGACGCAUGUAAAUGAUUUUAUAAACAAAUACAAACGCAUGUUUGUUUCUGUUCCUAGAUGUUCCACAUGAAUCUGAAGGGAAGAUGUUCCUUUUAAGUGUUCCAAAUGGCACCCUAUUCCCUCUAAAGUGCACUACUAGGGCCCGCAGGGCUCACUUUGAAUAUUUUUGCUUCUGCAAAAAAAAAUGAACUGACAAAUAUAUUUAGAAUAGAUAUUUAUGAAUGCCAUCAACAUGACAUGCAUAAUAAAACAUGAUCGAGUGAGAGGUUGUCCCU